GGCUCGGGGCCUGCACCACCCCGCGGGGCCGCAGGCUCCGGGACGCGGGAGGCGGCGAGGCGCGCUCCCUGCCCGGCUGCUGCUACUCGAAGCCCCGCGGUUCUAGUCUCUGCCUCUGCCCGCCCGACGUGUCCUCUCGGCAACUCUCUCUCCCUCCUCGGGUCUCUGUUCCAGGAAGGAGGUGUUGGUGGGGACUGCUGCCUCGUGCGCGGAGUCCUCAACGGGGAGCCGCGUUUGGCAUCCGGCGAGCGCCCUUAGGAGCCCGCUCCGCGGCCGGGGCGCGGGGCGGGGCGGGGGCGCGGGGUCCUCCCGGUUUGUCGCGUUUCCCGGGGCUUUCGAGGACGGACCCCGGGCUUUGGGCUGGCUGCAGAGUCACUCCCCGAGGCUGCUCAGGUAUCGCGAGAUGCUCAGGUGCUGCUGCCUCUCCUUGAGAUGGUGACCUGGACACAAGGAGAAUAAACUGUGUCUAAGACUGGUCCAGAGUGGGAGUCGGAAUGCCACUGUGGGAACAAGUGACCUGUCUGGCAAGGAAUGCAGCAUCCUUCUGAGAGCCUCUUCUCCACAUUGUACCACAGAUCACCAUUUACCUUUCUGGAAAGGGCGUUGAGGAUUUUGCCAUCAGCCACCUAAAACUUUUGCUGAGCCAACCUCAGACUUUUGCUGCAGAACUGAACAAGAUAUUAUUUCACUUAAUUUUUACAUUUCUAAAUCAUUCAAGCUACAGUCCUAGUUUCACUUUGAGAAUUUUAAGCCAGAUCUGUUGCUAUUAUUUUUGUGUAUGAUUUCCAAAAUGAUUGACUUGAGCUUCCUGACAGAAGAGGAGCAAGAAGCCAUCAUGAAGGUUCUGCAGCGGGAUGCUGCCCUGAAGAGAGCUGAAGAGGAGAGAGUCAGACAUUUGCCUGAAAAAAUUAAGGAUGACCAACAGCUGAAGAAUAUGAGUGGCCAAUGGUUUUAUGAAGCCAAGGCAAAAAGACACAGAGACAGAAUUCAUGGUGCAGAUAUCAUCAGAGCAUCCAUGAGAAAGAAGAAGCUUCAGGUGGCAGCUGAACAGAGUAAGGACAGAGCAACUGAGGCAAAGGAAAGCUGGGUGAAUAAUGUCAACAAAGAUACUUUCCUUCCCCCAGAGCUAACUGGUGCUGUAGAAGAGCCAGAAGAUGGAGCCCCAGCAAGCCCAAGCAUGGUAAAUCCAGCCUCCACCGUGAUUGAUACCCGGGAAAACACAAGGAAGUCCACUGUGUCUCCAGCUAAGCAAAGGAAGAAUCCGUUUAACAGCUCCAAGUUGCCAGAAGAUCACUUAUCUCAACAAACCAAAGGUGAGACGUCAAAAAAUGGAAAGGCUGGUUUCUCUCAGACUUCAAAAGAAGGUGAAUUGUCAGAGGCAAAAGAAAAGUCACCUAUCCCAGAUAUUUCAAGCCAAAAUUUAGAGAAACCAAAGCAAACAUUUCCAGGCCCUGAGAAGGGAUCCCCAAUCAAAGCUCCAAUCCCUAAAGCCAGAAGAAUGCUCCACAAAUCACAGGAGUUAAAACAAGAUGAUAAGCAAUCUUUUCCUAGACAAGGGACAGACUCUCUGAGCACAAGGGGAGCUCCAAGAGGAAUCCUGAAGCGCAAUUCCAGUUCCAGCAGCACAGACUCAGAAAUAGUUCGUUUUCAUCAGAACUUUGAACCCAAAAGCAAAAUUGUGUCACCUGGCCUAACCAUCCAUGAGAGACUUUCUGAGAAGGAGCAUUCUUUAGAGGAUGACUCCUCCUCACACUCACCAGAGCCAUUAAAGCAUGUGAGAUUCUCUGCAGUGAAGGAUGAACUCCCACAGAUUCCUGGGCUAAGCCAUGGCCGGGAAGUAGGAGAAUUUAGUGUUUUAGAAUCCGACAGGUUGAAGAAUGGAAUGGAAGAUAAUGUGGAUGUAGAUGAGUUUUGGAAUGACGCUAAGCCUUCCCAAUCCAGGAAGCCUUUGCCUUUACAUCAAUCAGCCUCAAGCCCGAGUGCAUCAGAAAAUGAAACACAUCAGCCAGUGACAUCUGGUUCUUUUCCAAUUAAUGAGCAUCAAUCUCCCUCAGAAGUUUUAACUGCAAGACCAGAGUCCAUUGAGAAUCCACCUACCAUCAAUGAACAGAAAGCUAAAUCAUCAGAAUUAUCAAGGCCUGAAUCAGAAUUGUCUAAAAGCCCUGCUGAUGGACUGUCUAGUGUUGAGCCUGAGCCAUUUCAGGUGCCAGAUCACAGUUCUAGAGACCAUCAGCAAGGUAAGCCCCCACUUCUCAAGGCCCUAAAAGCUAGGACCUCCUCACACUCUGGUCCAUUUGCCACUGAGAUAAGGAAGACAACUGAUGAUUCCAUAUCUAAAGUCCUAGACUGGUUUAAUCGAAGUUCUCAUUCAGAAGACAAUAAGUCAUCUCUCCAACAUCCCCAAAGAAUAGAAUCGAAAGAAGAAACAAACUCAGAAUCACAGACUGCUACUGCCUUGGUGACAGAUGACACCAGUGUAAAAGAAAAUGGCUCAAAGGCUCUCUUAUCCACCAAAGUUAAAUCGAUGCCUAUGGAAUCUGAUUCAACAUUCCACAGGAAGGGAAAUAUGCUGCUUUCUGGAAAUUGCCAAAAUAAUAAUGUAAAUAUAAAACCCAAAUCUAUUAAUUUGUCCCAACAAGGCAAGGAAGGUCCAGGCAUAUUGCAACCUUUUGAAAUCUAUGGCCCAAAUCAAGGGAGUAAAACUAUGGACUAUAGCCAAAGUUCAAAAAACAUAGGAGACAGAAAUCAGGUACUUCGCCCUACCAGAAACUAUUCCUACAGUGCUCUCAAAGGAGCUGAUGCAGAAGACCAAGUUCCACACAUUAAGAAUAUUGGCAGCUCAGGUAAAGAAGAGCCUGAAUUUCAUGUUUAUGAAAAAAGUAGGGGAAAGUCAGAAGUGAAUUUUGACUCUUCAACACUUGUCAAAGAACCAAGUUUCAAAGACAACAUGAAAGCAGAGAGAAAGAGCAAAGAAGGGGAUACAUACAUCCUGAAAGCUUCUUUACAGCCAGAGAACAUUGAGUCCCUACAUGAGGCUACCAAAAACAAAUCUUGGAAGAAGCCUGAAGUCCAAUUACAAGAAACUGGUGAGGUUCCCAAGAACCAGGUGCAAAGAGAGAAAUACAAAAGAGUUAGUGAAAGAAUAUCUUUCUGGGAAGGUGAGAAAGCUGCUGCUACGUUAACUCAUAAAGAACCAUCAUUGUCAUGCAGUCAAGGGAAACCUUCUGCUAAAGCGUAUCAGCCUGUAAAGUCCAUGGACAGUUUAUCUACAGGCCAGAGUGAAUAUAAUCAAGUCACUAGCAAACAAGUGGUCCUGGAUGAAAGUGGCCACACAGCCCAUCUCUCCAGUUUUUAUUCCUCGAAUAAAUCAAAAGAAACCAGGCCCCAGAUAUCAGGCCCAUGCAAAAAUUACCCUUCAGUUGACCAAUCAGGUGAAGCAUCUCCAUUUCAGAAUAAGAUAAAUGAGCCUAUAAAAAGAUUGCCAGUGGCAGAGAGUUGGCAUCAUGAAAGGGACAUUACUUCACCAGCAUGGCAACAUCCUUCAAAUAUUGGGAGUGGAACUCCUACUCCUUUGGAGAAAGACAAAUCUCUAAUUGGUGAAUCGAAUCCCAACUUUAAAGUUAUGUCCCUAAAAGAAAAAGUGGAUGAACCCAAUACAGAACAGGUCUAUAACCGCUCUCAAUUUGAGAAUUUGAGAAAGUUUUGGGACUUAGGAGCCAAACCAAACAGUGAAGAUAAUGUUGAGAAGAAUACUACCACAAUAAACCAGAAAUAUUCAGUGCCUUUUAAUAGCCAGAAACACAAAGAAUUCAGUGACAUUAAGUCACCAGGAAAGAACAUCCAUGAAAUAGGGCCGGUUCCAGGUAAAAAAAAAAUUCUGGCAAGAGAGGAAACAGAGAAAUUAAAUUCAAAGUGCGCACUCCAGGUGUUACCAGAUGAAACCAUAUUUCCAUUGAGAUCAUCCAGAAAGUCUACUCAUCAUUUGCCAGGAAACGAGUCAUCAAAGGAAAAUGUGGGAAAGAAUACAAAAUGGUUUGUUACACCAGUGUUCAAGGAAGAAAAGGAUUACUCAGACCAAGAGAUUCAAGAAGCCAUCGUUAAAACGAGUGUUUUGUCUAAAGACUACAAAGACACUUUUAAUGACAGCUUACAGAAGCUACUUUCAGAAGCUUCAUCACUAGCCAUGCAUCCUUCUGGUGGAAAAGCUCAUGGAAAACAAAUGUUGGAACCAGAUAUUUCUGGAAAUAAAACAUGGCCUCAAAAUACAGGUUUUGCUGAUACUAAGGAAGAAGACAAAGGACAUAAGGAGACCAUUAAUGAGCAUGUAGAUAAAACAGUAGCUCCUCUGAAGGUUAAGCCGAACACUUGGACUGCUGGUCUAGACAAACUCCUGAAGGAAGCAACUGGAACUUCACCCUGUCCCUUGCCAAUCAUGUUGGAACCUGUUACUACUAGGAUCAACUCUGAGCCUGAAGAGGGUAGUAGAAUUUAUGAAAAAGGAAUAGAAGGGAGUCACAACACAUCAGCCUAUCAGAAAGAAAUAGCUCCUUUUCCAAAGCGGAAAGAAACUUUGGGAAUUAAAGCUUUCCCCCCAAAAGAUGAAAGUGGUGAGUGCCAACUCAACAUGGAGGACUUACAUCAGAUGCCUGCAGAAGGUUCUCACCCAUCAGGUCAACCUUCCUGUCUUUACAGAAAAGAUUCUUCUGGGGAUGUGGCCAACUCUUCCCAAGAGAUGCCUUCUUCCAGGAAUGCUCAUCUUGCUCCCCAGGAUAAGGCAUUACCAUCGAGAAGGGAAAUUUCAGAAACUGUAGAAAAAGUCAUUCUUCCACCUAAAUCUGCCCUGAAUGAUGUAAAUGCUGUAUUACAAAAGCUAGUUAGAGAAGCAUGUUACCCAGUUGAGAGGGAAGUAGUGCCUGGAGAAGUAAACGCAGAAUUUCCUGAAGGAGUACAGGCAGCAGGUAGCCCCCAAAAUUCUACAUUAUGGGCUACAAUGGACAUUAUGGUUCCAGACAAAAGGGGGUUUUAUUCCUUCAAAGUAGUUCCUGAUAAAACUCAUAACGUUGGAUCUUAUUUAGCUGCCCCAGUAUCUCCAUCAGUACAAACUCACCUUUCAUCUGAUUCCACUGUCACUCAGGAAGUAGCAGAAAUUGUAAGGGAGACAGAUAUUCAACCUAAAUCAGAGUUCCUAGAACUCCGUGCUGGGUUAGAAAAACUACUGAAGGAAGCAAUUGAAACCCCCUCCUCAAAAUAUGAAAGUGAUACAGGGGCUCUUUAUCCAUCAAAGUUAACAGAUAGAACUGAGGUGUCCAGGCAAAGUGCUUCUGAAUUCCAUCCUGAGGAAAUCAAAGAAACGGUAAAAAAGUCUCAGGCUCCAUCAAUAUCAGAGAGUGCUUUUGAUAUUGGUUUUAAGAAACUUGUUAGAGAAACCUUUGAAGCUCCUUCUUCCCAGCUCCAGGUGUCAGUGAAGGAAGAAACUCCUGAGAAGGAGUCUUCCCAGUCAGAGCAAGCCAGUUUCUUGAGGACAGUACCCUGUUGUGACUGGACAGCCUCAGAGGCCUCUGAAAUGAAGCUUACGAGUAAUGUUUUCAAAUAUCACGUCAACCAGUGCGAUGAAGUGCUGGGAGGCAAUGAACCUGUGACUGAUUUAUCAGUAGAUCUUUGUGGUUCUGAAGGUGGGGUUGAGAGCUCUAGAACCCCACAGCUUUAUAUGGAACAUAAAAUAGGGGUCGCUGAAACUAUAAACCCCCCAGAGGACAGGAAUAGUGAAAGUGAGGUUACAGGUGUUCGAGAAGGAAUGUCUCUGGAGCCUUGCUCAGAAGAAGCUCCUAAAGCAAUUAGUGUGGUCAGAAAUAGGCAACCCAUUUCUCUCCUGGGAAACACAGAAAAACCUACAGAAACAAGCAACGUUGAAUUGAUUCUGGCAUCACCAUGUAAGAGACAAGAGAAAACAGAAGAAAAAGAAGGUUUCUCUGACUCUGAUUUUUCAGCUGGAGACGUGGGUUCCAGUGCAGAAAGCUGGAGAAAAAACUCCAGUUCAGAAGAAGAACCCAGUCCUGUCUUGAAAACUUUGGAAAGGAGUGCUGCUAGGAAAAUGCCUUGCAAAAGUCUAGAAGACAUUUCAUCAGAUUUACCAAAUCAAGCAAAAGUAGAUAAUCUGCCUGAAGAAUUAGUACGUAGUGCUGAAGAUGAUCAAAAAGCAGAUCAGGAACCAGAUACAAAUGAAUGCAUACCAGGAAUUUCCACAGUGCCUUCACAACCUGAUAAUCCAUUUUCCCACCCUGACAAACUCAAAAGGAUGAGCAAGUCUGUUCCAGCAUUUCUCCAAGAUGAGAGUGAUGACAGAGAAACAGAUACAGCAUCAGAAAGCAGUUACCAGCUCAGCAGACACAAGAAGAGCCCAAGCUCUUUAACCAAUCUUAGCAGCUCCUCUGGCAUGACGUCCCUCUCUUCUGUGAGCGGCAGUGUGAUGAGCGUAUACAGUGGAGACUUUGGCAAUCUGGAAGUAAAAGGAAAUAUUCAGUUUGCCAUCGACUAUGUGGACUCACUGAAGGAGUUACAUGUCUUUGUGGCCCAGUGUAAAGACCUAGCAGCAGCGGAUAUUAAAAAACAACGCUCAGAUCCAUAUGUAAAGACCUAUUUGUUACCAGACAAGGGCAAAAUGGGCAAGAAGAAAACACUUGUAGUGAAGAAGACUUUGAAUCCUGUGUAUAAUGAGAUAUUGCGGUAUAAAAUCGAAAAGCAAAUCUUAAAAACACAAAAACUGAACGUCUCCGUUUGGCAUCGGGAUACAUUUAAGCGUAAUAGUUUUCUAGGGGAAGUGGAACUGGACUUGGAAACUUGGGACUGGGACAACAAACAGAACAAACAAUUGAAGUGGUACCCUCUGAAGCGAAAGACUGCACCGGUUCCCCUUGAAGCAGAAAACAGAGGUGAAAUGAAGUUAGCUCUCCAGUACGUCCCAGAGCCAACUCCUGGUAAAAAGCUUCCUACAACGGGAGAAGUGCACAUCUGGGUAAAGGAAUGUCUUGAUCUACCACAGCUAAGGGGCAGCCAUCUAAAUUCUUUUGUUAAAUGUAUCAUCCUUCCAGAUACAAGUAGGAAAAGUCGCCAGAAAACAAGAGCUGUAGGGAAAACCACCAAUCCUGUCUUCAACCACACCAUGGUGUAUGAUGGGUUCAGGCCUGAAGACCUGACAGAAGCCUGUGUAGAGCUUACUGUCUGGGACCAUCACAAAUUAACCAACCAGUUUUUGGGAGGUCUUCGGAUUGGCUUUGGAACAGGUAAAAGCUAUGGUACUGAAGUGGAUUGGAUGGACUCUACAUCAGAAGAAGUUGCUCUCUGGGAAAAGAUGGUAAAUUCCCCCAACACUUGGAUUGAAGCAACCCUGCCUCUCAGAAUGCUGUUGAUUGCCAAGAUUUCAAAAUGAUCCCGAAGUCGACUGGCUCCUCCACUGAAAACUACUAAACAGGUAGAAUCUGAUCUUGAAAAUCUGACUAUAUGGACAGAUUCUCACCUGCUGCCUCUCACCACUAAUGGAUGCCACACAGCAUGGUAAAGUCAACCUGCAUGUGCCCAAGAGACUUAACUCAUAAUAAAAUGUGUAACUUAUUUGUGACUUCAACAUUAAAGAAGAUAUUUGAGAAAGCGAGGAAAAGCAAACAGUUGCUGCUGCUUCAGAGAAAAAGCUGUCCCAAAACAUUAAAUGUUGGGGUUUUUAGCCAGCAAAAUAUUCUAGUUUGCCAUCCUGUGUUUCACACCACCAACCCUGUGCUACAAUUAGGAGGGCCAGCUACUCAAUGGUUGGAAACCCUCACAGGAACUGAAAAAUACGUAGUUUUUGGAAAAGAGGGACAGAAAAAUGCUCCUAUAAGGGGGAAAAAGGAAGAAUAUCAGUGAUAAUAAAGAAUUUAACCCUAAGGAAACUAUUUACUCUGCAAUCUCUAUUAAAAUGUGGAAUUGCAGGUUAGGGCCAUGAGACUGAAUUUACUGCAUGUAUGUCUGCCUUUGAAAGUGCUUUUCUGUGUUCCCCUGUCAAAGUCUGAGAUGUGCUUUGGUGCCACCCACUGGCUCAUAGGUGGAAUUCAGCUUUUGGCUUAAUUUUCUCCUAAGAUCCCAAGCCUGUGUUUUGUAAUAGACUAUAUAAAAACAAACAAAACUUUGCAUAUACAAGAUUCUGUUUUUCCUAUAACCCUACUAUAUGAAAUGAGCAUGAGAGUGGUCACAGACAUGCUUUGCAACAAAGUUUUAAUUAGAAUGUAAAUUGUUAAACUGUACUUCCUAUGUAUGUAUAAUUUUCAUAAAGUAUUUUGUAAAAACCCUUAGAAUAAAUUAUUACAUGAUUUAA